AUGGCUCGAGCUGUUUCCUGGUGGGGCCUCGGCGUCACCUCUCUGAACCGCAUCCAUCUCGCUGAGCUGACGGAUCACUGGAGGGCCGCUACGUGGGACAUGAUAUGUGGCGGGGACGUGUCACCAUCCGUCCGUGCCUCCUUAGCCAAGACGUAUGCCUCGGCUGCCGACGAGAGCCCAGAGAAUAGAGGGAUGGAGCUUAACCACGCUCCGGCCAUCAAUUUCUCCGAAAGUCCCUCUUCUUCCUCCGCUCACCUCUCCAGGAUCAUUCGUCACCCCCCCCUCUCCUCCCUAUCCUCCCUCCUCACCUCCUCCUCCCCUACUCUUCAUCUCUCCGCAGCACUCGCCCUCCAUAAUUACUCCUUCCUCGCUCCUCCACCUUCCACCUCCUCUAUUCGUACUCUCCUGCCUCUCCUCUCGCUCGCGCUCCUCACUCCUGCCACGACGCGAUCACCCACCUCCUCGUCACAGUCGCUCUCGGUCUCCCCUUCAUCUCAUCUCCCUCCCUCCUCUCAACUCUCGGGGCUCUAUCCUCUCAACCAUCUUCUCGCUCCCUCUCCUCCCUCUCUCUUUCUACUCCUCUCCAUUUCCUCAGUCUAUCCUCAUUCUCUCUCCUACUCACUCUCUCCUCUCUGGAUCCUCCUCCUCAGCUCCACACAUUCUCAAUCCACUCCCUCCAACUCCCACGUCCCGUCCUCUCUCCUUCUCCAAUCUCUCAGGACCCCCCUCUCCCUUUCUCAUCUCUCAAUCUCAUCUCCUCCCUCGUUCUCACCUCCCUCAACAUCAUCUACUCUCCCACUCACUCCUCCCUGCUACCGACUCAUCACAUAUCUCUCGUCCCGUCCAGUCUACUUAUCUCUCUCUCUCGCUCCCACUCUCCACUCACUGUCUCGACCGCGAGGCUCUCUCGGCUCUUUCUGCCACUCUCCCACUCUCAGCUCCCUCUCCCGUUCCAAUUCUCUCGUUAGUCUCUCUCUCUCUCGCAACACCCUCCCCUCACUCCGACUUCCCUGUCGCCCUCCACACGGCUUCCCCUCACCUCCCCCCACGUCGAUCUCCAGACAACUCUCUCCUCACUUGACUUCGCACAGCCGUCACCCUCAACCUCUCCUCACGCAAGUCUCCUCCUCCGUCGCAGCUCUCUCCCUGCCCCCCCAAAGGGCCUCCUCCCCUCUCGCUCAUCCGGUCUCUGCGCUCUCCCGCCACCUCCCCAAGCUCUCUCUCCUCUCGCUCGUCAGCCUCCAAAAUAUCUCCUCAUCCGCGGUCCUCGCUCUCUCUCGCUCACCAAGCGUCCUGCAGACUCCUCGGUACCGUCUCCCCCGAAACUCUCUUCUCUCCCUUCAUCCGCAACGCCUCUCAUCUCAAUCCAGUCUCACUCCCCUCCUCCCAGACUCGCCUCUCCACUUCAAUCCGCUCUCCCCCUCCCCCUCUCUCCACGAUACCCCUCUCCAACCUCACACUCAUCCCGCCCUCAUUCCAUCGAUCACGCUCCCGAUUCGCUCCUCUCAGUCUCUCUCCCACUCAAUCGUCACAAUCCAUCAAAUCCUCCCGAUCGUCACGCCGCUUAAGCCUCCGAUCUCUCCUCUCAUCCACACACCACGAUCCCCUCCGCUCACCUCCUCACAUUCGAACCCCCCCCCACCUCUCAAUCCGGCCAUCUCUCCUGUCAACCUCUCCGUUCCGAGAACGUACGCACGACCUAUCUACCCUCACACCACGCACUCAAUUCUCGCCCCCAGCCACCUCUCUACCAAAGCCCAAUCCACCCACGUCGACACCGUCUCCACCAAUCCCAAUCACGCAGAACACCUACUCUCCCUCCGUCAUCCACCUCCAUGCAUACCCCCAUCGCUACUCCCCUUCCCUCGGCUUCUCGGUCUUCCAAUUACAAAUAGCCCUCACUCCUCCGUCAAAACCAUCCCCAUAACCUCGCUCCCAUUCCCUCCUCCAACCCCUUCGCUAACUCGUCUCUACUUCCUCUCAACACAUCCUCACAAUCAAGAAGCCUCUCAACUGCUUCCUCCUCACUCGUUCCAUCUCUCCUUCAUGGAUCUCUCCCCUCGCCUCCCCUCACGAUCUCCACUCACCUCAACACCGUCGUCUCCUCCUCGACUCCCCGUCCGGCUCUCAUCUCUACUCCGUCUCCGGGUCCACUGGACCAAUUCACGCUCUACCCUCAUCGGCUCCGUCCCCCCUCAAUCCCCCCCACCCCGGCUCCCUCCUCCAAUCCGCUCCUCUUCUUCUCCUCAUACAGCCCGUCUCCCGAGUUUCCCCCAAAUUCACCCCAUCCCCUCGUCUCUCCCCUCAGAUCCCGCUCUCUCAGCCCCCCUGUCCCCUCACUCCUCGUCCCUCAUCCAAGCCUCCACUCCCCCGAGUAACACCAGGGAACGACGCGGUCCACCACCUUCUCGUCACCUCCUCUCCAUCCUUCUCCUCAGCUUCACAACUGGGCCUUCUCACAACUCCUCAAACUCCCUCUCCUCUCCUCUCAUCUCCUCUCCUCUCUCCGACGUUAUCCGCAUCGCCCAUCGCUACCCCCCAUCCUCACAACACCAAUCCCAAUAUCAUCAUCCACCCCUCUCCCUCUCCUCGACCGUCUCGUCGCUCGCUGCUCUCACUCUCCCCGCGAUCCUCAUCCAACAGUCCCCGGGCUCCCUCCUCUCUCUAUCUGAAACUCCUCCUCCUCUCAGCUCACAGUCUCCUCCGCCCGGAGUCCCCAUGACACUCAACCGUCGUCUCAUAUCUCCAUAUCUCGGAAACGUCCUCUCAUUCUCGCGAUCGGCUCUCUCUCUCACACCCAUCUCCUCUGCCCGGCCGACUUCCCAUCCCGUCUUACCUCCCCUCCACCUCUCCCCACCUCGCUCGUCCCCGUCUACUCUCAUCUCCCUCCCUCUCUCCUCGGGUCUCGACACCUCACUGGACACACCUCUCGGCCCCCCCCUCCUUCCCUCACCCCUCGUCUAUCCUCCCACUCCAAUUCACCAAUCCCUCCCAGCUGCGCUUCUUAAUCGCAUCAUCUCUCCUCCACUCCGCCUCCUCCAACUCCUCGAGACACUCGGAGAACCUCCAUCCGACACACCGUCGGCUCUGUUCUCUUCUUCUAAAUCAAUCGCUCCCCUCACGGCUCGCGACCGUCUCUCACUGACUCUCAUGGGGACACACCGACUCGGACACAACGUCUUCACUAAUCUCUCAGUCGCCAUCAAUCCCUCAUCGCUCCAAUGUCUCACGGGCACUCUCAUCACAUUUCUCCAAUCUCACCUUUUCCUUAUACUCCCCGAGCGACUCGUUCGUCCUCUCAUUUCAUUCUUCAUCCUCACUUUCCUCUCCGGCUCUCAAAUCUCCCUCCUCGUCUCAUCUUUUCUCCCCCUCACCACGCCUCACGUCUUCUCCCUUCUCGUUUCGGCCUGCCACGGCGGCGGAACGGCGUGGCAGAAAGUCAAUGGUGCGGAGGUGAAGGCGGACGGGAAGGAGGCCCAGGCCCGCGUGGUGCACGGGUCCUGCUGGGAGGGAUCAAUGGCUCAUCUAACAGCCGCACGCCACACACACAGACCCGGGCGCCGCUGGAGCCGGUCUCUAUCCCGCCCGGCAACACAGAGAGUCCAGCUGCUCGGGAACCAGAGAGCGCAGCCGGCACGAGCCCCGCACUGA